AUGACGGCAAAUCGCUCAGGAAACAUCAAUUACUGGCGAUGGACGGGCAGUGCACUACCCCCUGUUAGCCCGCCCCAACCAUCGCUACCGGAAGACAACAGUCUACCAGAGCCUCGGGAUUUAAGCAGGACUGAAAUUUUGCAAGAAGAUUUCUUUAGGAAGCCAGGUAUUCAUGUUAUCUUCAUGCCAAAAGUGGAAGAAGGGAUUUUGGAAAUGGCAGGGAGUGCAGAAUUGUGCAGGCAACUCUCAGAAAAGUUCUUCCUCCCUGAAUUCUUCUUUGAAAGACUGGGAUGGAACGCAAAUGGCAUGUUCGGCAGUACUGAGAAUCUGUCACAAAAUGAUUCAGAAACCAGCUAUGGUCCACAUAACACAAAUCUCAUCUCAACCCUUGCCCCGGAAUACGCAUAUGACUGGCACUAUAUGGCAUUCUGUACCUUGUGGCGGUCAUCACUUGUCAAUCAUACUGAAGAUAGUGGUCAAUAUAGGACGGAUGAAUCUACUGACGAGACCAAUGUGCUUCUUUGCUUCGAUCUCGAUGACAAUAUUACCCUCCGAUUAAGGCGUCUGUUGCAUAAAGCCGAUCUCAGAAAUUGGAAGAAUGAACCUUUCCUCAUGCUCGAGUAUGCGCUCAGUGUUGUGAUAGACCAGUGUGAGAAAGAUCUCUGGAGCUUCCAAAAGCCAGUGCGAGAUAUAGAGAAGGGUCGCGGCCAGGAGCUGUUUCAGGAAACAGGCUCAUCUGACAACGACAAAACAUUUGAAUUCCUUGUUGAGCGAUACAGUCGGCUUCACGAAUUAUCGCGACAUGUGAUCCAUAUUUCCGAAACGAUGAAUGCGGCCUCUAACAACCUUGGUGCCAUAGUACGAGACCAUGACCUGUGGCUUCAGUCAAACAUUCGUUCUUCUGCGGUAACGAGACGACUCUCAAAAAUGCUGCUACUUCAUGAAAACAUGAUCUCCAAUUUGAACUUCCGGGCUAAGGCGUUUGUGGGCCGCAUGGAUAAUGAGAUUAAAUGUGCCUCCAAUUUUGUCGCAGUCGCCGACAGUAACAUCUCGAAAGGUAUCCUCAAGCAAACCCGGAAUGAAGGAAAAGUAUUGUCAGAUACCGUGUCUGCCUUAACGCUCCUAUUCCUCCCGGGAACUUUCAUCUCAGGAUUUUUUGGAAUGAAUUUCUUCACACUGCAGAACAACGACAAAACUCAAAUUCUGCAGUGGGAGACACAUCCAAAGAUCUGGAUCUUCUUCGUUUGCACAAUCCCCAUCACGAUAUUGGGCUUCUUCAUCUUCAUGUUAGAGUUCAACUUACUUGCAUGGAUUCAGGACAUGCAAGCUUUCAUGCGUGACAUGUUCUGUCAAAGCAAAGCACCAGAUCCUGAGAACAACGAUCUUAAAAAUCCAAGAUUCUCGGAACGGUCAAGAGGGUUUCGUAGGAAUUUCGGGUUCUCCCGGCGUGCUACUUUGCGCUCGACGCCUUGA